GGCCGCGUCUUCCGGGACUUGUGCUUUGCAGUUUCCUUCCCGACCCAGGGUGAAACUCCUGAGCCUGAGACCAGAAGUGCAUGUCAAGAUGGAAGUGAAUCCCCCGAAACAGGAGCACCUGCUGGCGCUAAAAGUGAUGCGAUUGACUAAGCCUACUUUGUUCACCAAUAUUCCUGUAACAUGUGAAGAGAAAGACUUGCCUGGUGAUCUCUUUAACCAGUUAAUGAGAGAUGAUCCUUCAACUGUAAAUGGUGCAGAGAUUUUAAUGUUGGGAGAAAUGUUGACUUUACCCCAAAAUUUCGGGAAUAUAUUUUUGGGGGAGACCUUUUCUAGUUACAUCAGUGUUCAUAAUGACAGCAAUCAAGUUGUAAAAGAUAUAUUGGUGAAGGCGGAUCUUCAGACAAGUUCUCAGCGUUUAAACCUUUCAGCCUCCAAUGCUGCUGUGGCUGAACUUAAACCUGAUUGUUGUAUUGAUGAUGUCAUACACCAUGAAGUCAAGGAAAUUGGGACACACAUAUUGGUGUGUGCUGUGAGUUACACAACUCAAGGUGGAGAAAAAAUGUACUUUAGAAAAUUCUUCAAAUUUCAGGUCCUCAAACCAUUGGAUGUGAAAACCAAAUUUUACAAUGCAGAGAGUGACCUCAGUUCUGUGACUGAUGAAGUCUUUCUUGAAGCCCAAAUUCAGAACAUUACAACCUCACCUAUGUUUAUGGAGAAAGUUUCCCUGGAGCCAUCGAUAAUGUACAAUGUAACAGAAUUAAAUUCAGUGACCCAAGCCGGGGAAUGUGUAUCUACAUUUGGAUCCAGAGGAUAUUUGCAGCCAAUGGAUACACGCCAGUACUUAUACUGCCUAAAGCCUAAGAAGGAGUUUGCAGAAAAAGCUGGCAUCAUUAAGGGAGUGACAGUCAUUGGAAAGUUGGACAUAGUGUGGAAAACAAACCUAGGUGAAAGGGGAAGAUUACAGACCAGCCAGCUUCAAAGAAUG